AUCUUUCACACCUUCAAGACUUCUUCUCCUCCCUUUCAUUUGCCAUCUUUUUUUAAAAAAGCAAUUUGCAAUGGCAUCAUCUUCUCAUUUUCAUUACCACAAAGAUCAUAAAGAUGAUGCUAUGGAUUCUGCUUUUGAUGAAUUUUUUGAGAAUGACAUUUUUCCAGAACCAAAAGAGAGAAAAAAACGUGUUGUUAUCGAGAGAAACCGGGAAGAAGGUCACGAAAAGCUUUGGAAUGAUUACUUUAGUGAGAAUCCAACAUACCCUCUCAAGUUAUUCCGGCGACGGUUUCGAAUGAACAAAUCAUUGUUCAUGCGUAUUGUCUAUCGUCUCUCCACCGAAGCACCGUAUUUUAAACCAAAAGAAGAUGCAACCGGACGGGCUAGUCUAUCACCCCUACAAAAAUGUACGGCAGCAAUUCGACAAUUGGCAUAUGGUUUUAGCGCUGAUACAGUUGACGAAUAUGUCCGACUUGCUGAAACGACAGCUCGGAAAUGUUUGCAUCAUUUUACGGAGGCAAUUAUCACCUUGUUUGGCGAUCAGUACCUACGACGUCCCACACCGGAGGAUCUAGAAAGACUACUCUACCAGGGAGAAGAACGUGGGUUCCCAGGGAUGAUUGGAAGCAUCGACUGUAUGCAUUGGCAGUGGAAGAAUUGCCCGACCCCUUGGAGAGGAAUGUUUGCACGAGGAACCGGAAAACCAUCAAUUGUUUUGGAGGCCGUAGCUUCACAGGACCUCUGGAUAUGGCACUCGUUUUUUGGAGCCCCAGGUACUAUGAACGAUCUUAAUAUUCUUGAUCGAUCACCCGUUUUUGAUGACAUUAUUUACGGAAUAGCGCCAGAAGUAAAUUAUUAUGUCAACGGAAACGAGUACAAUAUGGCUUAUUAUCUCACGGAUGGUAUUUAUCCGAAGUGGACGACUUUUAUUCAAUCUAUCAAACUACCACAAGGUGAGAAAAAUUCCUUAUUUGCUAAAAAACAAGAAGCUGUGCGGAAAGAUGUCGAGCGUGCCUUCGGAGUCCUCCAAUCUAGAUUUGCCGUUGUCAAAAAUCCAUCUAAGUUAUGGGAUAAAGAAAAAAUGGGGAAUAUUAUGCGAGCAUGUAUCAUACUCCAUAAUAUGAUUGUCGAAGAUGAACGAUCGACAUACUCUAACUAUGACGAAAAUGAAUUUCAAGAAAGAGAAGAUGAAGAUACAUUUACCGUCAAAAGAGCUCCAAAUCUCGGCAGCGGCAAUACAAUGGAUCGUCGGAGGAGCAUUCUGGAUAGACAAAUUCAUCGACAAUUAAAAUAUGAUUUGAUUGAAAAUAUAUGGGAUAAAUUCGGACAUCUUCAAGAAUAAUAACUUAUUAUUAAGUUUUUAUGAAUUGAAUAAAUUGUGUGCUUGCUUUUAUUUAUGAUGUUUGUAAUAUUUUUUUUUUAUGUUUGUAAUUUUUUAUUUUCAACGUUGUAAUUUUUUUUUUUUUAAGUUUGUACUUUUUAUGUUUUUAAUUCUAAUGUGGCUUGUUUAA